UGCAGCAGAGCGGCUCGGACGUUGUAGUUUCGAUGAGCUCUCAGAUUGCGGCUCUCUUUUUCUGACUGCAGCAGCUUCCGUCACUCAUGUAGCCGAACAUGGCCCCUGCCAGCCGGGCUGUUGCUGUGGUAGCGCUGUCGCUGCUCUACCUGUGCGGUGGGAUCAUCUCCACGGAGUUCUUCUCCACGCUCACGCUGUUCAACAACGAGCUCCACAAGCAGGGAUGCAGUUCGCUGUCCGAGUGGGAGGACUACGCUGCGGACUGCGAGUCUUCUGUUUUGCAGUUCGAGGAUCCAGACUGCAUGGAGGGAAGCAACCCGCCCUGCGAGUCGGUUUUCUCCCUCAACGCUGAAAAAAUCCUGAACCAGGCCAAGUUGUUUAUAGAGCAAAAAAAAAUCCCCUUCCCUGUAGACAACCAAAACACAAACGAGGAACUGGCCAUAUGCUACGUUCUGAUAGGAAACGGUCUUUAUGACGAGGCCAUUAAACAUUUCUCCAUCUUACUGCAGAGCGACCCGGAGUUGGUCAGCGCCAUCUAUGGAAGAGGGAUCGCUUACGGCAAGAAAAGCCUGCAGGACAUAAAGAACGCAGACCUGGCGUUGUACGAGCUCAACCGGGUCAUCGCGCUCGAACCGGACUGGCCCGAAGUCUAUGAGCAGAGAGCUGAGAUUUUGUCGCCUCUGGGUCGGAUCAGUGAGGCUCUGAGUGACCUCACCAAAGCCAUCCAGCUGCAGCCGUCAGCUCGCCUCUACAGGCACAGAGGAACUCUGCUCUUUAUUUCUGAGGAUUACGUUGCAGCCAUGGAGGACUUCCAGAGCUCCUUAGAGCUGAAGAAGAAUCAGCCCAUCGCCAUGCUUUAUAAGGGCCUCACCUUUUUUCACAGAGGAAUGCUGAAGGAAGCCAUCGAUUCAUUCAAAGAGGCUUUGAAGUUGAAGUCCGACUUCAUAGAUGCGUAUAAGAGCCUCGGACAGGCUUACAGAGAACUGGGGGAUUUUGAAUCAGCGAUGGAGAGUUUCCAGAAGGCCCUCAUGCUGAACCAGAACCACAUCCAGUCUCUGCAGCUCCGAGGCAUGAUGUUGUACCACCACGGCUCUCUGCAGGAGGCCAUCGGGAACUUCAAGAGAUGCCUCCAUUUGGAGCCCUACAACGAGGUGUGUCAGUAUAUGAAGGGGUUGAGUCACGUGGCCAUGGGUCAGUUCUAUGAGGGCAUCAAAGCUCAGACUAAAGUCAUGCUGAACGACCCCCUGCUGGGACAAAAGGCCAGCUCCGAAUACCUCAAAGUGAAAUACCUCAGAGAGUAUUCCCGUUACCUGCAUUCCCACCUGGAUAUCCCUGUAGCGGAGUACAACGUGGACCAGGACUUACCGGGGAAUUUUAAGAACCACUGGGCCAAAAACCUGCCAUUUUUAAUAGAGGAGUAUGAAGAGCAGCCCGGCCUGCAGCCACAUAUAAAAGACGUUCUGCCUCAGAACUUCGACAGCUACAGCACCGAAGUCCAGAAGCUGAUCUGCACGGCCGACCAUCUGGGCUCGCUGAUGCAGUACGACACGCCUGGCUUCCUACCAAACAAAAGAAUACACAGAGCGAUGGGGUUAGCGACGCUGGAGGUGAUGCAGGCGAUGCACCGGACGUGGAGCAGCUCCAAAGUGCGAGUUAACGGAAAGACCCGGCAAAUGCAGUGGAGAGACAUGUUUGAUAUAGCAGUCAAAUGGAGGAGGAUCGCAGAUCCAGACCAGCCGGUUCUGUGGUUGGAUCAGAUGCCAGCCAGGAGCCUCAGUCGAGGCUUCAACAAUCACAUCAAUCUCAUCAGGGGUCAGAUUAUAAAUAUUAGAUACCUGGCCUACUUUGACAACAUCCUAGAGUUUAUUAAAGACAGAAUAUUAGUGUACCACGGGGCGUACAACCCAAGAGGCCUCCUGGAGGUCCGCCAAGCACUUGAAAAUGUUAAUAAAGUAGAAGAUCUGCUGCCAAUAAUGAAGCAGUUUAACAGUAAAACCAGAGAUGGAUUCACUGUGAACUCCAAGGUGCCAAGUGUGAAGGAUCCUGGGAAGGAGUACGACGGCUUCACCAUCACCAUCACCGGAGACAGGGUGGGGAACAUGUUGUUCUCUGUAGAAACCCAGACGACAGAGGAGCGGACGCAGCAGUACCAGUUGGAGAUCGAGAACAUCUACAAAGACCUGACAGUCAAAGGGAAGGCGCUGAUGCUGUCCACCGAGCUGGGGGACGCAGAUGCAGUGUGCAACCUGAUCCUCUCUCUGAUUUAUUACUUCUGCAACCUCAUGCCUCUAUCCAGAGGAUCCAGUGUGGUGGCGUAUUCGGUGGUGAUGGGGGCACUGAUGGCCAGUGGGAAGGAGGUCAUCGGUAGAAUCCCAAAAGGAAAGUUGGUAGAUUUUGAAGCCAUGACAGCACCAAGUCCAGAAAGUUUCAGUAAAACAGCAAAGAGCUGGAUGAAUCUAAAAAGUUUACCCAGUUGGUACCGAAGUCUUCCGUCCGUAGCAGAGACCUUCCCGUCCAUCAGAACGAUGAUCGAGGUCCUCAACACAGACUCGUCUUCACAUUGUCCAAAGAAGUCUUAAAACAUCUUCCAGCGCUCAGAGAAAUCUGUCAAAUAAAGUCUUAACAAUGGAGCUUCUGCACAAUAACAGGAAAGGGAUAAACUUCUACAUCCCAAACAAAACAGGACUGAAAAGAUCCAAAAAUAUUCUAAAUUCAUACCAAAAAGUGAACCUUGAUCUCAUUUUUGGAAUAUUCUCAGUUUUACCCUUAUAAGUGUUCGUUUACCAUCAUUCUUGGCUUUAUGUUUAUUAUAACUUGACACAUGACUUGCUUCAAAAUGAGCGACAAUCUUUGUAAAACAUAUUGGCUGCUACUUAAUAAUGAACACAAAGCUAGUUAAAGUGCUGCUCUGGUUUGAAUCUUAUAGUUUAUUAAGUAAACACUGCUGCCAGAUAGUAGUUUUAUUUGUUUUUACCUCAAUAUCAAGCUUUAAACAGAUCUUUCAGUUUUCACUGCAAAAAUACAAAAUUUUGUCAAGCAUUUUUGGUCUAAUUUGUAGCGAACCAUCUUAGUUCACAUGAAAUAAUAAUAAAAAAAAAAACUGACUUACAAGCAUCUUUUCAGCAAGAUAUAGGAGCUUGUUAUAAUUAAAUAAUUGCCUAAUAUUGAUGGAAAAGUUCUAGUUUCGCUGGUGCUGUUACCUAGCAACGCCAGCCAAGCCCAUUCCGUUACCUAGCAACGGAGUUCUAUUUCCACUGGCAGACCAUUUCACUUUUAACAUGGGAAAAUGUCUUGUUUUAAGUGAAAUAAUCUGCCAAUGAAACUGGAACUUUGUCAACAAUAUUAAUGAAUUAUUGACUUAAAACAAGCUCCUCCUCAUGAGUUAGUUUUGUCUUAUUUCAGGUGUAUUAAGAUAUUUGAACCUGGAACUAGAUGAAAAAAUAUUUGGGAAGAUGAUGUUGUUUUUGUAGUUUUGUUCGGGAUGUAGAAGCGAUUUUGUCUGCCUUUGCUCUUCCUCUGCUUCGUUGGCCUGAAGCACCCAAAGCACAAAACCCAUCCGCAUGAGGAAUCCUCUGGACUAAACCUCAUUUUAAAAUGCCUCAACUGUUCAAUAGGGUGCUAGAAAUAUUUUAAGUUUAGGUUGGCAUCUUAAAAAACGAAAUGGAAAAAAACAGUUUCAUUUGACAGUGCAGACUGUAAUUGGCACUUUAAAAUCUUCCUUGUGGACACAAUCAAGCCGAUCAGCAGAGAAGAGUUCGAAGGAUUAAAACCAUUUGGAACAACUUUCAGGGCUACUGAAUUUUCCUUGGGAUACUUGAAGCAGUCUUUUUAUUUUUAUUUUUCUCAGCACUUACAAUCACUUUUUUAAAAAUUUUCUGUUUUCAUGCAUCACUCAGAGAUGUUGGAGGACUGGAUAAAAAUGUAUUUGUAAUCCUAAAUCUGCUUCUGAUAGCUAAUGUAUAUGUUUAACUCAAUCAGAUCUGUUCCCAAAAUUUUUAUGGGCUUAUUUAGAUAAUUUAAUACAAUGUGUAUUUUUUGAUAAAAGUAAUCUGUUAUUUAAUCAGAACAGUAUUUUUAUUCUGAUCAUUUUACACAAAAUAAUAGAUGGAUUAAUCUGCAUUCAGAGUAGUUUUAUAAUUUGUCUCCAGAACCUGUUCAGUUAAAUUUUGUUAUAACCACUUUGUCAUUAUAACAGAUGAAAAACUCGUUAAAAUGAGAAUGUUUCUUGUUUUAACUAGAUGAAAAAUUCCAAGAAUUUACUUGUUAUAACUUGAAAGUUUCUCCUUAUAACAAAAUUUCUCAUUUUAAAAAGAUGCAGAACUUGUUAGAACAAGUUUCUUGAUUUAAUAAGUUUUUGUUUCUCAGUAUAACAAGAUUCAAACUCUUAAAAAUUAGUUUCUCAUUAAAACAAGAUGUUUCAUAUCUCAUAUCAAGAAAGUAUCGUUUUAAUGAAAGGCAAAUUUAAUUAAAGUUAGUUCCUAACGGGUUUUUCUUUAUAGCGAGUUUCUCAAUGUGAUGAGAUAAAAUAAAUUUAGCGUUAAAACGGAAAGUUUAAUAUGUUAUAACAAGUUUUUGUCUUAAGUUUCUCAUAAGAAUAUGCUAAACUCGUUUAGCAUAUUCUUAUGCUCUUAUGCCAACGAGUUUCUUGUUGGAAUGGGACGUUUCAUAUCGUGCUAUAACAAGAUGCAAACUCUGUUGACAUUAGUUUCUUGUUUUAACUGGAGUUUCUCAUUAUAAUGUGAUGUAAAACUUGUAAACAUAAGAAAGUUUCUUGUUUUAACCAGAUGCUGCUCCUGAAUGUAAUUCCAAACUCUGACUGUUAAACAUUUCCAUACUUUUCCAUUUAAAUUUGGUAUUUAUUUUAAAGUUUAUGUCCUCUAACAUCUCUGACUGCUUGAUCUUUAACAUCUAAUCUUAACUAUGGCAAGCAGGCUACAUUUGUAUUUUCCUUCACAGUAAUUUCCCAAUUCUUAAUUUUUAGGUUUAGAAAAGACUUUUGUUUAUAAUCCCUGAUAAUCUUAAUCAGAUUUCAAUUUUGAACAGGUUGAGAUGGUUUAAAAGAAAUAAAGAAAGCAGAAAUAUGAUUUAAUUGUCUCCAAAAUGAGACGUUAUCCUCUCUAUGAUAGAAAAGCAUGUCUAAAGCCGUAAUGCUGCGUACGCCACUUUUACGCAACUUAAAGCACAAGGAAGCCGUUCUCUGAAACUCUCCUGUGAUUAUUGAAGCCUUAAAUAAUAAACUUAAUAAAAAAGAUCUUAUUAAUUUAUUUGAUGCUUUACAUACAGUCAGAAACUUAUCCUUUUCCUCUAAUUUUCUGUUUGUGCUUUCUGGUUGUAAUCAUCUCCUGUUUCCUGGACAUCUAGUAAUUCACUGCUUCAGGGGGCUUUAGAGUUAGAGGGGAGAAAAUCUUUCAAUAUUAUUUCCUAAAACUUGAAGGGAUGAGUUUUUCUUAAUGAAUGAAUGCUAAACAGUCAAUAAAACUGGGCUGGAAUUUCA